CAUUGUCAAAUUAUGUGACCAAGUCACCAUCAUCCAUUAAUUUAACUUUGUAAUAUUUUCUCUUUUGAGUUGAUUCUACGAAAAUAGUUUUCAACGUUUGAAUUAAUAUUGAGUAAGUCCUUAAAAUGUCUAAAAAAAAGGGAAACAAAAAGAAUCUCGACCUAGAUGAAGAUUUGGAUGAAAAAUCUGUACCCAAUGAGAGUCGUGACAUAACCUCUAAAACUAAAGGAAAAGGAAAAAAGAAAGGUAAAGGAGACUGGAGUGACAAUGAAGAUGAAAUUCCGAAAAAGUCAGUUGAAGAAGAUGAACAAAACUGUCCUGCUCUAUCUGCUAAAAAGUCUCAUAAGAAAGGUAAAAAUAAAAAGAAAGGUGUAGACAUGUCAGAUGAAGACGAUAGCAAGUCAGUUGUGAGUAAUGCAACCAGUACUGCUUCCAAGCCAGUCAGUAAGGGAAAUAAAAAGAAGAAAGGUAAAGGAAAGAAGGAUGAAGAUUGGACUGAUGAAGGAAGUGACAUAGAGCUUCAAGAAGUGUCAGAGGAUGAAAUUGCUAAGCCUGUCUCUAAAAAAAAAGCUAAAAACAAAAAGAAAAAUAUAGAAGCUGUUUCCUCUGAUGAUGAACAUGAAGACUCAAAAUCAGUAGUUAGUAAUGUAUCUAGUAAUACUGCCAAACCAGCAACAAAAUCUAAGAACAAGAAGGGCAAAAAGAAUGAAUGGCCUGAAGAAGAAAGCGAUAAAGAAUUGAAAAUGCCGUCCUCUGACGAGGAGGAGCUACCGGAGCUACCCGUCAAAAGUAAAGGUAAAAAUAAAAAGAAGAACAAUAUAGAUGACAUUGAAAAUGAGCUCAAGAAAUUUGAAAUUAAGGAGGAAGAACCUGAAAUACCUCCGAAAAAAACAAAGGAUAAAAAAAAGAAGGUGAAACAGGAAGACAUUGUUGGAGAAGGGGAUAUGUCCGACGACGAGGCUUCCAAGGAGGCUGAUGAUAAGCCCACAGAGCUCAGUAAAGAGUCAUCCGAACCAGUUGAAAAGAAAUUAAGUCACAAAGAGAAAAAGAAGCUGAAGAAACAACAGGAAUACGAGAAGCAGGUGGAAAUGCUCACCAAAAAGGGAGGGCAGGGGCACAGCGACUUGGACGCCAAUUUCACCGUCAGCCAAGCUCAAAAAUCUGCUGGUCAGAUGGCAGCUCUAGAAAACGCCGUGGACAUUAAAGUGGAAAACUUCUCAAUAGCCGCUAAAGGCAAAGACUUGUUUGUGAACGCGAACUUGCUGAUUGCGAACGGGCGACACUACGGUCUUGUGGGGCCCAAUGGCCACGGGAAGACUACGCUGCUGCGGCAUUUGGCGCAGCGUGCCUUCCCGCUCCCACCGCAUAUCGACAUCCUGCUCUGUGAGCAAGAGGUCACGGCGAGUGAUUUGAGCGCAGUCGAUACCAUACUGGAAUCCGAUGUCAAGAGGACUGAGUUACUUAAGGAAUGUAAAGAGCUAGAAGCUGAAAUAGAAAAAGGAAAUCUUAAGAAACAGGAGAGGUUAAAUGAUGUGUACGCGGAGCUAAAGGCGAUCGGCGCCGAUUCAGCGGAGCCCCGCGCGCGGCGCAUCCUGGCGGGGCUGGGCUUCAGCCGCGAGAUGCAGGGCCGCGCCACCAAGAACUUCUCCGGCGGCUGGCGCAUGAGAGUGUCGCUAGCUAGGGCGCUGUAUAUAGAACCUACACUUCUUUUACUCGACGAGCCCACAAAUCACUUAGAUCUCAACGCUGUAAUUUGGUUAGACAAUUACCUACAAGGCUGGAAAAAGACCUUACUAGUCGUAUCUCACGACCAGUCCUUCUUAGACAAUGUUUGUAAUGAAAUCAUACAUUUAGAUCAACAGAAACUAUUCUAUUACAAAGGCAAUUACUCUAUGUUCAAAAAAAUGUAUGCACAAAAGAGGAAAGAGAUGAUAAAGGAAUAUGAGAAGCAAGAAAAGAGGUUGAAGGAUUUAAAGGCACAUGGGCAGUCCAAGAAGCAAGCCGAGAAGAAGCAGAAAGACGCGUUGACGCGCAAGCAAGAGAAGAAUCGCAGCAAGUCGUCGCGCGAGGAGGCGGAGGACGCCGCGGCGCCGGCGUCGCUGCUGCAGCGGCCCAAGGAGUACAUCGUCAAGUUCAGCUUCCCCGACCCGCCGCCGCUGCAGCCGCCCAUACUCGGCUUGCACAACGUAGAUUUCAAUUUCGAGGGCCAAAAGCCGCUGUUCAUUGGCGUGGACUUCGGCAUAGAUCUGAACUCCCGAAUUGCGAUAGUUGGCCCCAAUGGAGUUGGCAAGUCUACCUUCCUCAAGUUGCUCGUUGGGGACCUGAGUCCUGUGCGCGGGGAACUUAUUAGGAAUCACAGAUUGAGAAUAGGUCGUUUCGACCAGCAUUCCGGCGAGCACUUGACAGCUGAGGAGUCUCCCGCGGAGUACCUGCAGCGUCUGUUCGGGCUUCAGUACGAGAAGGCGCGCAAGGCCCUGGGCACCUUCGGGCUGGCGAGCCACGCGCACACCAUCAAGAUGAAGGACCUCAGCGGCGGACAGAAGGCCAGGGUCGCUCUGGCCGAGUUGACGCUCAUGGCGCCAGAUGUCGUUAUUCUGGAUGAGCCGACGAAUAACUUGGACAUCGAGAGUAUAGACGCUCUGGCAGAGGCCAUCAACCAGUACAAGGGCGGGGUGGUGAUCGUGUCGCACGACGAGCGGCUCAUCCGCGAGACCGACUGCGCGCUCUACGUUAUCGAGGACCAGACUAUCAAUGAGGUGGACGGCGACUUCGACGAUUACCGCAAGGAGCUGCUCGAGAGUCUCGGCGAGGCCAUCAACUCCCCGUCCAUCAUCGCCAAUGCGGCAGUGUUGCAGUAAGGGUAAACGGAUUCGGACUUGGCACAUUCUUGAUAUAGGUACACUUAAGAAGGCUCACUAGCGCCAUCAUCGCAUUUUUAUCGAUAUCUUUUAUUUAAUACUAUUAUACUAUACUAUAUUAUAUUAUAUUAUAUUAUUAUACUAUAAUUUAACUAAAAACUUACCUCAGAAAAUUAUACUAGAUAAAAUAUUUGAUAUUAUUAUAUUUUUUAUUAUGUUUGUAAUUAUGUAUUAUAAUUUUCGUUCUAUACGAAUUACGUCGAGACGACAUGUACGACUAAAAGUAGUCACAAAUUACGACGAGGAUUUUGGCGGCCUCCUUUUUCUUUUUAGGAAAUCGUGGCAACAGUGUCCUAUAAAGAACUAUUAUAUAUUUAUUUUUUAUUUUUAUAUAUCCAGUGGUGUUUUUUUAGUUUUCACAUAAACUACUAGAACUAAAAACAUAUCACUUUUAAAAGAAAUUGAUAAAAAUGUGUGGGCGGCGCUAGCGUGUGGGUUAGCUGGCUAGCUCAAUAUUAAAGAGUGACCAAAACCAAUUUUAGGUUUUAUUUCGAGUCUUGCUAGAUCCCGUCGUAGAAUUAUUUUUGAUAUUUCUUUCUAAUGUCAGUUUGAUAUGGCCCAUCCUAAACCUGUUGGCUUUUAAUCACUUAAGGCUUAAAUAAUAUAUGUUUCCUCUGAUUCAACCAUUUCAAAUUUUGGUGAAAUUAGUUAUUAAAUUUAUGCCCGAUGAUGUCCAACUUACUCAAUAACUUACACAGAAAGUAGGAUCUCAAAAGUUUUUGUUAACAUAGACUUAUAGAGUUGAUAUAUGUAAUGUUUGAAUAAAAAAAAAACAAA